CAAAAGUGGCACCACCUAUAAAAACACACGGAGAGAGAGAGAAAAAAGGUCUUAUCUUCUCAACAAAGAGCUUCUUUCAAUUCCACCUCACAGAGCUUCUCUGUCUCUCUCUACUACUCAGAUCCAGCGCUUGAAGUACCAAAUUUUGGUCCUCCCAUGGCGUAUUCAUUCCCGGAGGAAGUGCUGGAGCACGUCUUCUCGUUCCUGAGCUCCGACCGGGACCGUAACGCGGCGUCGCUGGUGUGCAAGUCGUGGUACGAGACGGAGCGGUGGUGCCGCCGCCGCAUCUUUGUCGGUAACUGCUACGCCGUCUCUCCGGAAGUCGCGAUCCGGAGGUUCCCGGAGGUGUGGGCGGUGGAGCUGAAGGGGAAGCCGCAUUUCGCGGAUUUCAACCUCGUGCCGGAGGGAUGGGGCGGUUACGUGCGCCCGUGGGUCACGGCGAUGGCGGCGGGCUACCCGCUGCUGGAGGAGAUCAGGCUCAAGAGGAUGGUGGUGACGGACGAGUGCCUGGAGAUGAUCUCAAGGUCGUUCAGGAAUUUUAAGGUUUUGGUUCUUUCGUCGUGCGAGGGGUUCACUACGGAUGGGCUCGCGUCGAUUGCGGCCAAUUGCAGGAACCUAAAAGAGCUCGAUUUGAGGGAAAGUGAAGUCGAGGAUCUUAGCGGGCACUGGCUCAGCCAUUUUCCCGACGAAUACACUUCUCUUGUCUCACUCAACUUCUCCUGCUUAAGCUCUGAGAUCAGCUUCUCGGCUUUAGAACGCUUAGUUGCACGGUCCCCUAAUCUAAAAACCCUCCGCCUAAAUCGAGCCGUGCCUCUCGAUAAGCUAGCCAAUCUUCUUCGCCAUGCGCCCCAGCUGGUCGAGCUUGGCACCGGCGCGUAUUCAGCCGAUUUUCGGCCAGAUACAUUUUCGAGCCUCACAAAAGCAUUCUCGUCCUGCAAGAAUCUUAAAGGCUUGUCGGGUUUUUGGGAUGUGGUCCCGGCUUAUCUCCCGGCCGUUUAUCCCGUUUGCUCCCAAAUCACAUCACUCAAUUUGAGUUACGCCACAAUUCAGUGUUCGGAUCUCGCAAAUCUCGUUACUCAGUGUCGUAAUCUGCAUCGUCUCUGGGUUCUUGAUUACAUUGAAGAUAGUGGCCUUGAAGCAAUAUCCGCCUCGUGCAAAAACCUAAACGAGCUUCGCGUCUUCCCGUCAGACCCUUUCGGAGCCGAGCCGAACGUCUCCCUAACCGAGCGGGGACUCGUCUCGAUUUCCGCCGGCUGCCCGAAACUGGAGUCUGUCCUCUACUUCUGCCGCCAAAUGUCGAACGCAGCUUUGAUCGCCAUAUCCCAUAACCGGCCGAACCUAAUCCGUUUUCGCCUCUGCAUAAUCGAGCCUCAGGCUCCCGAUUACCUAACCCAAGAGCCGCUCGACUCAGGUUUCGGCUCGAUCGUCGAGAAUUGCCGGGACCUCCGGCGACUCUCGAUGUCGGGCCUGUUAACAGACCGAGUCUUCGAAUACAUCGGGGCCCACGCCAAGAAACUUGAAAUGUUAUCAGUGGCUUUUGCUGGGGAUGGUGAUUUGGGCCUGGCCCACGUGCUGUCGGGCUGUGUGAGUCUGCGGAAGCUCGAGAUAAGGGAUUGCCCGUUUGGGGACGAGGCCUUGCUGGCGAAUGCGGCCAAGCUGGAGACAAUGCGAUCCCUUUGGAUGUCGACAUGUGGCGUGAGUUUCGGUGCGUGUAGGCUGUUGGGCCAGAGGAUGCCGGGCCUGAAUGUGGAGGUUAUUGACGAGAGGGGCCCGCCGGAGUCGAGGCCCGAGAGCUGUCCGGUGGAGAGGCUUUAUGUUUACCGGACGGUGGCCGGGCGGAGGGGGGACAUGCCAGAUUUCGUGUGGACGGUGGAUGGCGAUGAUUCGGCUAUGGGAUUUUCUCGAGCCAGUCGAGGAGGAGCCCGUCUAACGGUUGAGACGGCGGAUCGAGUAGCUUGUUAAUUUUCGAUGUUUUCUUUCUUUGCUUGGCUGAAGUACUUAUUGAGUGCAGUUCAGUUUGGUGCAAUAAAGACAGUUUAAUGGUUUUAAGUUUUUUCAUUGGAGGUGAUUAAUUGAGUUGGUAUACUAUGGGAGGUUUUAGGUUUUGUCAAGGAAUUUGGUAGACUGAUAUGUGAUAAGAUCCAUCAUCUUCUUCUGUGUUGCUGCGGAUAAUUUGUCACUUGAUUUGGAGAGAUGGUUUUAAAAGUCAUUGGUUGUUAUGUACCCCAUGUUGAAGAUCAUGAUGAGCAGCUCCCCAUCGUUCUCCUCUGCAUGCAUUUCCUUUUAUUUUCCCUGCUUUUAUUUUCUCUGUUUCUUUUAUUUUCGAACGGCGUCGUUUCUGAUAUACUGUACACGACGUCGUUUUCUUCUCUUUUAAUUAGUUUUGGGUUUAGUCAUGAACGACGUCGUUUUGCUAAUCGACGUCGUUUAAUUUGUCUUCUUGCAUGUUAUAAAUUCCUCCAUGUUCUGAUUUUUUGGUUGAAUGAAAUGUUCUGGAAAAUCCAAAACUUUGUGUUGUGAUUUUAUGAGAAUAGGGCGAUCGACACCCCAUUCUCCUUGUUAUCAAAUGACUAUAAGUCUAUAAUAAUA